CUAACUAAUUGUCGCUACGCGGGGUUUGAUCCCGCGCCUCCAAAUUCGGAGUCGGAGGGAUGUGCUCAGAGGCAGGGCGUACUGGAUUUAUCGACUCGAGUGUCUCAUCAUUCGUAAUCUUAGACGAGAAGCAACCGCGUUAUUACCAUUGGACUAUCGACGGUUAGUCCUGGGUUUGGACUUUGGAGAGGGGGGAGAUUCUGCUAUAUGCAGCGGUUGACUCGUAUGAAACUGAAGUAACGUUGGUUGGCUGGAGCUUUGAGAGGACUCGACUGUGAUUCCGUGAACCGGUGAAGGGGGGUUAUGGUCUAAGAAGAUGCCGAAGAGAACAACUCAUACAUAUUCAAGCGAGGAUGCAGCCCCGGACGGUCCCGAAUCUGAUCUAUAUGUUUACUACUGCAAACAUUGUGGUUCUCAUGUUCUCAUCACAGAUACCCAGUUGCAGAAAAUGCCAAAACGGAAAACAGACAAAGCAUUUGUUCUAGACAAGAAGAAACACCUUGCAAGGCUGAAUAUCAGUGAAGCAGGAAAAGUUCUACUAAAACGUGGCGAAGGAAAAUUGGAAAAACAGUUCCGUAUGAACUGUAUUGGUUGUGGACUUUUUGUUUGUUACCGAGCAGAAGAGGAUUUGGAAAUUGCUCCUUUUAUUUAUGUUGUUGAUGGUGCACUUAGCUCAGUUGCAGCUGAAACCAAUCCUCAGGAUGCUCCUGUUCCACCGUGCAUAUCACAAUUAGAAGGUGGCCUUGUUCAAGUGGCAAUAGAAGUGGAGGACCGAGCACAACGUUCUGCUGUUACAAGAGUAAAUGCAGAUGAUGUUCGAGUUACUGUGGCCGCACCUGCUGCUCGGGGGGAAGCAAAUAAUGAGCUGUUGGAAUUUAUGGGCAAAGUAUUGGGUCUAAGGCUCAGCCAGAUGACUCUUCAGAGAGGGUGGAAUAAUAAAUCAAAGCUCCUAGUGGUUGAAGAUUUGUCCGCCAGAGAGGUCUAUGAGAAGCUUCUGGAGGCCGUCCAACCUUGAAGGUAAAGUGCAGCUAGAUGGACGGAUUUUGGCAGCACGUAAUGCAGGUCCCAAGCUUUUUAUUACAUGCUUGUGCCUGGAUAUUCUGUUCUCUAAGAGUUGAUUCCCUCGAGAAACAAUUGCUAUUUCUUAUGUUUGGAUUUGUUCUAUGAAACAAUCAACUAUGUUACUGUUGAUCCGAGUUGUCCGGUGACUUCAACUGUUGUACCCAAGGGAUGACAGUUUUCUUUUUGCAAUGAAAUCAUAAGAUCAUCAAAUGGGUUUUGGGCA